AUGAAUUACAAUCCUCGCAAAAAGGGUCGACGGGCUCAAAUGGAUAUCCUCGAUACCGCAGACGAUGACAAUACGGUGCAGAUAAGCAUUGAUCUCCCACCAACACAAGAAUAUCACUGGCAUACUGACCACUCACUAUCUGCGUCAUCCGCCACAAAGCGACAUACCGGCAGAAGCACUCACAUUACAACGACCCAUCUUCCUUUAGAAUUGGCCUCUGACAAUAUUGUUCCCACUUCCCAAGAAAGUUUGGCUUCUUCUGCAUGGGAUGGCUCGCUUGCAGUGGGCAUGUCCGCAUUAUCGUUCCUUGAUCCAGACCACGAAGUUCCUACUGAGUUCGCAUUGGCAUCAAAUGACAGCGAGGGGGCACGUCUUCCCAGACCAAUGGGCGACCACCCAUUGUUGGUCUGGAAAUCCCAGCGCAAGGAAUUUCUCGAGGAGGUUUUGCAAUCAGAGUCGCCGGAACAUACAAACUGUACUGACUGUGAUAUGUGUGGGUUAGAGCAGGGUAAACAUCGCUGUCUAUCUUGUUUCGAUGGUCAGAUGCUGUGUCGUGCGUGUAUCAUUGAGCGUCAUCGGGGUAUGCCCUUUCAUAGAGUGGAGGUCUGGAAUGGGUCCUAUUUCAAGAAGAUUUCAUUGGGUGACCUUAGUCUCGUUGUCCAGCUAGGACACAAACUAGGGCAGACAUGCCUGAUUCCUGCGGUUGUUCAUUCUUUUGUCGUGAUCAACGUCGAUGGGAUCCACACGCUUCAAAUGGGUUUUUGUGAAUGCACGCAAAACGUUGACUUGGACCACUAUCAACAGCUUCUUCGAAGCCAUCUCUGGCCUGCCACGACUGUCUAUCCUCAAACGGCGGCAACCUUUCGAGUUCUUAAUCUGUUUCAAGUUCUAUCAUUUAUGUCAAAGAUUUCCACUUAUGAGUUCUACCAUACUCUAGCUCGCUUAUCGGAUAACACAGGACUCCAUCCACCACCGGAUCGCUAUGAUUCAUUUCUUCAAAUCAUGCGUGAAUGGCAUCACUUCCGCGCACUGAAACGCUUUGGCCGAGGACACGAGCAAGAAGGUAUUGAAGAGACUCAGCCAGGCGAACUGGCGCUUUGUUGUCUGGCAUGUCCACACCCGCAUGUUAACUUGCCAGAUGGGUGGUCACACAAUUUGCAGAAGCGAUGGUUGUACCGCUUAUUCAUCACAGUCGAUGCGAACUUCCGUCUACGUCGUCUCAAUGUAUCAGAUGAAAUCAAUGAUCCGAGCUUGAACCAGGGAUAUGCCUAUUUUGUGGAGGAGGAAAGUUUCAAAGCUCACCUGGAGAAAUAUAGUGGUGUCAUUCCCGAGGAGGAGAAGAGUACAUGCAACAAUCACGAUGCAGUGAAACUUGCAAAUAGUCGCGGAGGGAAGGGUGCUGUGGCAACAGGUGUCGGUGCCGUUGUAUGUGGACGCCACAACAUGAAACGCCCUCUGUCCGUUGGAGAUCUGCAAAAGGGCGAGAGAUAUAUCAACAUGGAUUACUUCAUUCUAUCAACGCUCUCAUAUGACACGCCCCCUGACCUGGUCAUCUCCUACAAUAUAGCGUGCCAAUGGCGCAAGAAGUUUUUCGCUCGCAUGGAGAAAUAUCCGGCUUCUUUGAGACUGCAUCAAAGCAAACGUAAUAUCUUGUAUCUUGUCCCGAAGUUCCAUCUCCCAGCGCAUAUCUUGAGCUGCCGCAAUGACUUUUCCUUCAAUUUCUCGGCUAAGGUUGGACGGACGGACGGGGAGGCACCUGAGCGGGGCUGGGCUACGACGAAUGCCUUGGCUAAUAGUACGAAAGAAAUGGGUCCAGGGUCUCAUCGGGACACGUUAGAUGAUCACUUUGGCGAUUAUAAUUGGCGAAAAAUCAUCAUCAUAGCGUCGACUAUCUGCGAGAAAUAUAAGGAUGCUGUUACUGCCAGAGCUCAACAUGUUACCGAGUUUAUCAGUUACAAAGAUGCUUUGCGGGCUGACCAUUCGACCGCUCUUCAUCAAUGGAGAACGAUGGUCCUUGCAUGGGAAAGUGAUCGCACAAAACCAAAUCUGUUCUCUCCUACAUUAUGUCUGGUAACUGAAAACGCUGUACGAUUAGAAUUGGCUCGAGAAGAAAAAGCCAAAAAAAGUAUUGAGAUUCACCACGAUGUGAGUCCUAGUGAAUUCAUUGCUCAAGGUUUACAAUUGGAGGAAGCACAGGUGCGCUUAAUUGAUGACAUCAAGGAACUCGGGACCCAUUCAACCGACUUGCAACGAACCAGGAUCCAACAGCAAACCAACCGCAUCUCCCGCAAAAUCGAAGCCUGGAUCGAGAUUCAAAAGGUGUACAUGCCAAAGACAAGUCUACUCCGCACCCGGGAUGAUGAUCGGCGCACUCCUGGUGUUGAAAUCCAUCCUACCAAGAUUCCAUUGUAUCUGCCUUUGGCGGCCUUGCGACUCAGUGCAGUUGAUCCCAGUCCAACCAAUACUGUUCUCAACGACAAGCGUCGCUUGCGGCUAGCACAAGCGCAUGACACGUUAGCCAUUUUACGUGAUCAUUUACUCCUCAAGUCUUAUCUCAUGAUAUGGCACGAGCGGUUCUCGCGAGGUCAACGAUACGGAACGAGAGCCAACAAUCUUAUGCGUAGGGUGGAAAUGAAAGUUUCAGCAGAUGCAGCCCGAUAUCGAAGAGUGUACGCCGCACUAGAUGCGGUAUCAACUCAUCUGGGUCGACACGAAUGGAAGUCGGGUCUAUUUCCCUUAAGAGAUGAGGAUAUUCGUGGUCUGGAUUCUUAUGACGAUAUGACAUCAGAGGGUCAUCGUUCACUGUCAUGGAUCUGGAAGACAAACUUGCAAAGUGGAGAGGAAGGGCUCCAAGAAGCCUUACGUAUCGAGUGGUGCAAGUCUCGUGCUCGAGUGCAGCGUUGGCAGGAAGAGUGUGAACUUUUGACAGAGGAGAUCCGUCGCAUCAAGGUGACGUUCCAGUUCUACAAUAAUGUAUGGAAUGAUAGGGCAAGGAAGGUAAGCUUACCUGGUGCGAGAGCAUAUGCGUUGAAGCAGGCUGCUCUCUGGCAAGAACUUGGUGAGAAUGCCGGCAAACAAUGGAGCGACACACUGGCCUCCCUUCCUCCGGUAUCCCAUGAAAUGCCUGACCCGACGUUGGACCUUGAUUCCCCUGGACGUAUCUCAGCAUCGUCCUCCUAG